CCACGAUCCAUCAUGCGCAACACCCGGAUGUUGCAAUGCAAAGAUGCUUGUGGUGUAGGCUACUCUCUGGGGUUCUGUAGGAUUUAUGAAAUGUUGUUGUUGAACACUUUCGUUUAUUGUUACACUUUUAUAUGUUUUUUUUACUGUGUUGGAAUUAAAACGGUGUUUCAAUGUGGAGAAGAGGAUGCAAGAGGCAGAGGAACAGCCCGAAGGGGCACAGUAUGCCAGCAGCAACAGAGCCCAUCACUCUGGUGACACGUCGGCCCUCGGGUCAGAAAACCCCUCCCACCCGCAGCCCGAACCCUGCCCCCAGACCGGCACUAUCUCCUGGCAGGCCGCGAUCCAUGCUGCUCGUAACGCCCAGGGCGAGGCACCCCAGAGCAUGAGCGCCCGCCCCCCUGUCCCUGGGGCCACACCCGCCCCGGUGGGCUCACUGUCACAGAGGAAGAGGCAGCUGUAUGCCAAGAGCAAGAAGCAGGGCGGCUCCACCAACAGCAGACCGCCCAGGGCACUGUUCUGCCUCACCCUCAACAACCCCAUCCGCAGAGCCUGCAUCAGCCUGGUGGAGUGGAAACCCUUUGAUAUCUUUAUACUACUCUCUAUUUUUGCCAACUGUGUGGCCUUAGCUGUUUACAUCCCCUUCCCAGAGGACGACUCCAACUCCACCAACCACGACCUGGAAACAGUAGAAUAUGCCUUCCUAAUCAUCUUUACUAUAGAGACCUUUAUGAAGAUCAUAGCGUAUGGUUUAGUCAUGCACCAGAACUCCUACGUAAGAAACGGAUGGAACAUGCUGGAUUUUGUCAUUGUCAUAGUAGGGUUGUUCAGUGUAGUUCUGGAGGUGAUAACCAAAGAGGGCGAUGCCGGGGGCCAGGGGGGUAAACCGGGAGGCUUCGACGUCAAGGCCCUCCGAGCAUUCCGGGUGCUCCGCCCCCUCCGCCUUGUCUCAGGAGUACCCAGUUUACAGGUAGUGUUGAACUCCAUCAUUAAAGCCAUGGUUCCUCUGCUCCACAUCGCUCUGCUCGUCCUCUUCGUCAUCAUCAUCUACGCCAUCAUCGGCCUCGAACUCUUCAUCGGCAAGAUGCACGCCACCUGCUACCUGGUGGGCACCGGUAUUCUGGCCGAGGAGGAGCCUGUUCCGUGUGCGGUGUCAGGCCAUGGGCGCCAGUGCAGGAUGAAUGGGACUGUGUGUAGAGAGGGAUGGCACGGGCCCAAUGGUGGCAUCACCAACUUUGACAACUUCCUGUUUGCCAUGCUCACUGUUUUCCAGUGUAUCACCAUGGAGGGCUGGACUGAUGUUCUGUACUGGAUGAACGAUGCCAUGGGUUCUGAGCUACCCUGGGUCUACUUCGUGAGUCUGGUCAUCUUCGGUUCCUUCUUUGUUCUCAACCUGGUUCUGGGAGUGUUAAGCGGAGAGUUCUCCAAGGAGAGAGAGAAGGCCAAGGCUCGUGGAGACUUCCAGAAGCUGAGAGAGAAGCAGCAGCUGGAGGAGGAUCUGAAGGGCUACCUGGACUGGAUCACUCAGGCCGAGGAUAUCGACCCUGAGAAUGACGAGGAGGGGGACGAGGAGGGGGGCAAACGCAAUCCAAGCGUGCCUGCCAGCGAGACAGAGUCUGUGAACACUGACAACCCCAAUGGAGAAGACGAUAAGGCUAACUGCUGUGGACCACACUGUCAAAAAAUUACUAAAUCAAAGUACAGUCGGCGAUGGCGUCACUGGAACCGGUUCUGCCGCAGGAAGUGUCGUGCUGCUGUGAAGUCAGUGUCUUUCUAUUGGCUAGUGAUCAUCCUGGUAUUUCUGAACACGCUCACCAUCUCGUCAGAGCACUACAACCAGCCUGACUGGCUCACGGAAGUACAGGAUGUGGCCAACAAGGUUCUGCUGGCUUUGUUCACGUGUGAGAUGCUGGUGAAGAUGUACAGUCUGGGCCUGCAGGCCUACUUCGUGUCCCUGUUCAACCGCUUCGACUGCUUCGUGGUGUGUGGUGGCAUCGUGGAGACCAUCCUGGUGGAGCUGGCCGUCAUGUCUCCUCUGGGCAUCUCUGUGUUCCGUUGUGUCCGCCUGCUACGCAUCUUCAAGGUCACACGCCACUGGGCAUCUCUCAGUAACCUGGUGGCGUCGCUGCUCAACUCCAUGAAGUCCAUCGCUUCCCUGCUGCUUCUGCUCUUCCUCUUCAUCAUCAUCUUCUCCCUGUUGGGCAUGCAGCUCUUCGGAGGCAAGUUCAACUUCGACGAGACGAUAACCAAGAGGAGCACCUUCGAUAACUUCCCCCAGGCACUACUCACAGUGUUUCAGAUCCUGACAGGCGAGGAUUGGAACGCUGUGAUGUAUGAUGGCAUCAUGGCGUACGGUGGACCCUUCUCAUCGGGCAUGGUCGUCAGCAUCUACUUCAUCAUACUCUUCGUCUGCGGAAACUACAUCCUGCUGAACGUCUUCUUGGCCAUCGCCGUUGACAACCUGGCAGACGCAGAGAGCCUGAACACAGCGCAGAAGGAGGAAGAGGAGGAGAAGGAGAGGAAGAAGAGUUCCAGAAGUGACACAGACAAGACAGAGGAUCUGAAACCUGAAGGCCAGGAUGGAGAGAUCAAGCUUCCAUUGGAGGAGGAAGUGGAAGAGGAGAAGGAGCCGUAUCCCACUCCAGAUACUCCAGUUGGUGACGAUGACGACGACGACGAUGAGCUCCCGGAGGUUCCGAUUGGGCCACGUCCUCAGAGGCUGUCGGACCUCAGCGUCAAGGAGAAGACUCCGCCCAUCCCUGAGGGCAGCGCUUUCUUCAUCUUCAGCAACACUAACCUGGUCCGGGUAGCCUGCCACAAGCUGACCAACCACCACAUCUUCACCAACCUCAUCCUGGUCUUCAUCAUGCUGAGCUCUGUGUCUCUGGCUGCUGAGGACCCCAUACGCAACUUCUCCGCACGCAACAUCAUCCUAGGCUAUGCAGAUUAUGUCUUCACUAGUAUGUUUACCUUUGAGAUCCUGUUGAAGAUGACAGCAUUUGGGGCUUUCCUCCAUAAAGGAGCCUUCUGCAGGAACUACUUCAACCUGCUGGACCUACUGGUGGUGGGAGUCUCUCUGGUGUCCUUCGGCAUUCAGUCAUCCGCCAUCUCUGUGGUGAAGAUCCUGCGUGUGCUGAGGGUGCUGCGGCCCCUGAGGGCCAUCAACAGAGCCAAGGGCCUCAAGCAUGUGGUCCAGUGUGUAUUUGUGGCCAUCAGGACCAUUGGUAAUAUCAUGAUCGUCACCACGCUGCUACAGUUCAUGUUCGCCUGCAUAGGAGUGCAGCUCUUCAAGGGCAAGUUCUAUCGCUGCACAGACGAGGCCAAGUCCAGCCCGGAUGAAUGCAAAGGCACAUACAUUCUGUAUAAGGAUGGCGACACAGUGUUGCCCGCGGUCAGGGAGAGGAUCUGGUACAACAGUGACUUCAACUUUGACAACGUCCUCAUGGCUAUGAUGGCUCUGUUCACCGUCUCUACAUUUGAAGGCUGGCCUGCUCUGCUGUACAAGGCCAUCGACUCCAACAGAGAGAAUAUGGGUCCCAUCUACAACUACCGCGUGGAGAUCUCCAUCUUCUUCAUCAUCUACAUCAUCAUCAUUGCCUUCUUCAUGAUGAACAUCUUUGUCGGUUUCGUCAUCGUCACCUUCCAGGAGCAGGGAGAGAAAGAGUACAAGAACUGUGAGCUGGACAAAAACCAGCGUCAGUGUGUAGAGUAUGCUCUGAAGGCUCGUCCACUGCGGAGGUACAUCCCUAAGAACCCCUACCAGUAUAAGUUCUGGUAUGUGGUUAACUCCACUGGCUUUGAGUACGUCAUGUUCGUUCUCAUCAUCCUCAACACACUGUGUUUGGCGAUCCAGCACUAUGGCCAGUCCCACCUGUUCAACUACGCCAUGGACGUCCUCAACAUGGUCUUCACUGGCGUCUUCACCGUAGAGAUGAUCCUCAAACUGAUUGCCUUCAGACCCAGGGGGUAUUUUGGAGACGCCUGGAACGUCUUCGAUGCCCUGGUGGUGAUCGGCAGCGUAGUCGACAUCAUUCUCAGUCAGGUAGAUAACACAGAGGACAGCGCUCGCAUCUCCAUCACAUUCUUCCGCUUGUUCCGAGUCAUGCGGUUGGUCAAGCUGCUCAGCAGAGGGGAGGGCAUCCGAACGCUCCUGUGGACCUUCAUCAAGUCCUUCCAGGCUCUUCCCUAUGUUGCCCUCCUGAUAGCCAUGCUAUUCUUCAUCUACGCUGUUAUCGGCAUGCAGGUGUUUGGAAAGAUCGCCAUGGUCGACGGCACACAGAUAAACCACAACAACAACUUCCAGACCUUUCCUCAAGCUGUCCUGAUGCUCUUCAGGUGUGCUACAGGCGAGGUGUGGCAGGAGAUCAUGCUGGCAUGUCUGCCAGGGAAGCUGUGUGACUCCGAGUCAGACUACAACCCUGGAGAGGAGAGAACCUGUGGAAGCGGAUUCGCCAUCAUCUACUUCAUCAGCUUCUACAUGCUCUGCGCCUUCCUGAUCAUCAACCUGUUCGUGGCUGUCAUCAUGGAUAACUUUGACUAUCUGACGCGGGAUUGGUCCAUUCUGGGUCCUCACCACCUGGAUGAGUUUAAAAGGAUCUGGUCUGAGUACGACCCUGAGGCUAAGGGCAGGAUAAAGCAUCUGGAUGUGGUGACCUUGCUGAGACGCAUCCAGCCUCCUCUCGGCUUCGGCAAGCUGUGUCCACACAGAGUGGCCUGCAAGAGAUUGGUUGCCAUGAACAUGCCCCUGAACAGUGAUGGCACGGUCAUGUUUAACGCCACCCUGUUUGCCUUGGUGAGGACCGCUCUGAAGAUCAAGACCGAAGGCAACCUGGAGCAGGCCAAUGAGGAGUUGCGAGCGGUCAUCAAGAAGAUCUGGAAGAGGACCAGCAUGAAGCUGCUGGACCAAGUGGUGCCCCCUGCUGGCGAUGAUGAGGUAACCGUGGGGAAGUUCUAUGCUACCUUCCUGAUACAGGACUACUUCAGGAAAUUCAAGAAACGCAAAGAGCAAGGCCUGGUGGGAAGAAACUCAUUCACCAGCCUGAACUCCACCAUCGCCCUCCAGGCCGGUCUCCGCACACUGCAUGAUAUUGGGCCUGAAAUCCGCCGAGUCAUAUCAUGUGACCUGCAAGACGAGGGCCUUGUCGACAUUAACGCAGAAGGCGGCGAGGAGAUGUACAGGAGGAACGGCAUGAUCUUCUCCAACCACACCAAUCACGUUAACGGGGACCACCGGGGUUCCGCCCACCAGACAAACGUCACUCAGCGGCCCCUCCAGGUCCCUCCGCCUUCCUGCCACGCCUCCGUGGAGCCCUCCCAGGUCGGCUCUGAGGAGAGGGCAGGCGAACCCCACUGGUACAACUACUACUACCCCAAAUCCCCCAUAUCCUCAAACGCCAACCUUAACAAUGCCAACGUGCACCCUGUGCCCUCCCUGACAAACGGGGGGCAGCGCCGCUGUCUUCGCCGUGAGCACCCGUCCGCCAAUGGGGCACCCUCUUCCAGCUCGCACCGCAAGAUUGUUGACUUCGACACCCACACCACGGUCCAAUCUGCAAGGUCAGAUUCAGGGGGUGUUCGCUACCCUACCGUUCGUAGAGAGGAGCCAGGGAGGGCAGACAGCGAUGAAGACAGGGGCUCUGGGGAAUACUUCAGCGGGGAAGAGUACCAGGAGGAUGAUAUCAUGUUGCACAAAGACAGGAUGUCCCGUAAGGAGUGUCAAGACCAUCAACCGGACAGUCUCUGUGAUGACCACCAGCAACCCAUUUACCAGGAUGGUGGGCGGUCGCCGAAGCGAUGGUUUCUCCCCUCUACACCCCAGGCCCUCCACAGACCCUCAUUCAACUUUCAUUGUCUGCGGAAACAAAGCAGUCAAGGCGAUGACACCCCCUUGACCCCUUCCGUUCCUCUUCGAACAGCUCUACCCCUGCAUCUGCUGCAGCAGCAGGUGAUGGCGGUGGCUGGCCUGGACUCCAGCAGAGUCCAGCGUCUCUCUCCGUCACGCUCUCUACGCUCCUGGGCCACACCCCCCGUCUCCCCCAGCAGCAGGGACCACUCCCAUUACUACACACCCCUCAUCCAGGUGGACUGGCGUGGGCUGAGCAGUGUGAGUAGCACCCCUGGCUCUGUGAGAAGGAGCACCUGGUACACUGACGUCCAAGAAGCUCCCCUAAGCCGUACUUACUCCCCCUUACAGCUCCAGAUCCCACCAGAAUAUCGCAGGCAGUACCACCAGAACAGAGGCAGUGCUAACAGCCUAGUGGAGGCUGUGUUGAUUUCAGAAGGACUGGGGAAAUACGCCAAGGACCCCAAGUUUGUGUCGGCGACCAAGCACGAGAUCGCGGACGCCUGCGAGAUGACCAUCGACGAGAUGGAGAGUGCCGCCAGCAACCUGCUGAACGGCAGUAUGGGUAAUGGGGCUGGGGCAACGGACACAGUGACUGGCACGAGCCUCAUGGACCGCAAUCUCGAGGACUACAGCGAUGAGGAGCCGGACACGUGCGGGAAAUACGAGGAGGAUCUGACUGAUGAGAUGAUAUGCAUCAGCACCCUAUAGCAGUCACUCACACUAGACACAGGCUGCGUCUGACAUGGCACCCUAUUCCCUAUAGUGUGCUUCUAGUGCACUAUAUAGGGAGCAAUGUGCUUUUUGGAUGCAGCCAACAACCAUACAAACAAACAAACAAACAAGCAAACGAGAACAAAGUGCCUUUCUUUCUGUGGAAUGAAUGGAUGGAUGAAAACACUGCCAGCUGGAGGAGUGGAGGGAUGGAGUGGCAUGCCAAAGAUCCAACUUCAGAGGAGUCCCGCCCCUUCCUCUCCGUCUGUUUUGCAGCACCCAAUGAAACAGAGAGUGAAAUAUGAGGGGGUUGUCCCAAAGGGGAUGCAGUGAUGUUGGGUUUCCUCCUCAACGACUUCAUACAGAAAUCACAUAUCAGUGAAAUGAAGUUCCAGUCCUCAGCCAUAUCCCCCUCCUGCCUCCCGUUCGCACAAAGACACCAAGAGUAGUCAAUCAUAGAUGGAGAGUAGCGGCCAUUUUACAGACCGCAUUUUGAAACUGUGAACAACCAACAUGAGAAAACGGUGUAUUCCAAUAUCACACUCACUCCUGCCCAACCAAUCACUCUUCAGGGAUGACUUAGCAGCCAUAAUAUUUUAAUGAAAGGACAAUCUAUUAAAUUGUAGGUGUAUUUUAAACCCUCUAAGAAAAAUAUAUUAUUUGAAAGAGAUGCUUUAUAUGUAGUUAUUUAUGGAUUGUUACAGGUAUAACAUAUUCCCCAUGCCUAUGAAAUAGAUAAGUAAUUGUUUUAUUUGGAAUGAAUAUGAAAUUAUAUUUUAUUAUGUUUAGUCUUUUUUUCUCACUACUUUUAAGGGGAAUCAUGUUGAUUUAGUCAUGUUGAUAUGUCAAAGAGGUAAUUUAUCUCAAGUGCGCGUAGUUUGUUUCUACAGAAGUAGGGUUUGCCAUUUACCAGCUUAGCUCACUGCCAACAGAAAAUAACUAGUAACGCCAGGUUAGUGGGUUUGAUUCCCAGGAUCACCCAUAUGUAAAAUGUAUGCACGCAAUGACUAAGACGCUUUGGAUAAAAGCGGCUUCUGAAGGGCAUACAUAAGGACAACUCGGUACUAUCAUGGAAAUGUGUUUCUGUCCUCACAACCUAUAAAUGUGCAACAAAAGUGCUCUUUCAAAAAAAAAAAAAAGGGGAAAGAUGCUUUAAAAAGACACAGCUAUUGCCAAUAAAGCUGUACGAUUCUAAUGUGUUUUUCCCAAACGUGUCAACAUAAACACCGGGUCACGUCAGGGAUCUUUGUGAAAUGGCGUCCCGAAAUGUAAAUUCCUUGCCAAUGGAAUAUUGUUUUCAACUACCAGCUUUCUCUCGACACAGAACGCUCUCAGUUCAACACAUGAAUGGUGGAGGGCAAUUUAAGAUGGCCGCCAAUAGUGAUGGCCACUGUGGGUGUUUUGACUAAUGGGGUUUAAAUCCUGACAUAGUGGUAACAACACCCACUGCAUUAGAGGUUAUAUCACUGGUUCAAGUAUAUUUCAAAUGUAAUUAAGAUGGUGAGACUGUACAUUUCCCUGUAUGUCGUUACUGAGACCUUUGAAUCAGUGACCUGCCAAGUGAUACGUGACGGUAUAUUUCACUAAAUUAAAACCCAUCUUUAUUUAUACUGUAUGACAAAUGAUUGAAGAAAAAAAGACAACCUUGAAACAAAGGUUUGUUGUGCAAUUCACAGCUUUAUUUUUUCAGACGACUUCUGUUUUAAAGAUGCAUUGAAAUGUUGAUGGUAAUGUUAAACCCUGUACAGAAUGUGUAAAUGAAGGUUAAAAUGAUUCACUGUACUUGAGGAUUUCUAUCCGCUAACAUUACAGCUAAUUCCACUUAGUAGCAAAUUAGUUUUACCUAAAAAUGUAGUUUAACAUUUAUUUUGUUUUAUUUUUUAACAUUCACGUUAGUCUCUGAAUAUUUGCCUGGAAAUACAAUGGACUGCUGAGGAUUUUGUAGUGUUCACAACUGAAUAAAGUCCACGGCACUGAAUGCCUCCAGAGGA